UUUACAUUUCUUGCUCAUCGAAUUUGAUUGGAUUUUAAUCUUUUAAAUAAUCUACAAUCAUGGCAACUAUAGGACAAAUAGAAAAUUUUAGAUAUAUUAGAGGUAAAAAUAUCUCAUCCAUCUGUGUAUGUGGUAAACGUCAAGCGUGGACAGACUACUAUGGAGGUCCUGCUUGCAAAAAUUGCAUAGAGUUCUUUAUAUACAGUAUUAGAAUGAGGAAAGAUUAUGUCUGUGUUAAUAUGAAUGGUUUAUGUAAAACGGACGUGCAAGCAGAUGGAUUUAAAUGCGACUAUUGCCAUUUACAAAUAUUGUAUAAAAUUGCUCAAUUAAAACCUAAAAUGUAUGGAAGAUACGAAGAUCGAUGGUAUAUGAAAGAUAUGAUUCCUUAUUUACCUAGAAGAGAAGUAAACGGCAUUGAUGUUUUAAGAAUUUGUUUAGAAGAUGAAGAAAAUGAAUUGAACAUCAUGAGUGAUUUCAACAUAUAUUACUCAAGAUGUUGUGUCGUAUUACAUCGAACAAGAUGUACUGAAGAUAUUGGGUCAAUAGCCGCUAGAAAUUUAAUCAUGGAUAUAAUUACUGAAUCCUUACAUUGUCACGACGUCUUGAAGAGUUAUUAUCGGUUCAUUGAUCCCUAUAAAAUGAAAAGUUUAGGCUUUCACAAUAAACUAAUUCCACAUCUAGAAAUGACUCGUAGAUUUUUAGAAAUUGUUGAAGAUGACUACCCAACUCGAGAACAAAUCUACAAUUAUGUUUUUCUGGGCAUUCCUCCGUAAUAUAUGCAUGAAGAUAGCUAUGAGCUUCGCCAAAUUUUUCAUAAAUAAUAUAUUUUAUUUGAAACCAACAAAUGCUGCGAAAUUUGCAAUUCCUGGCAAGUUUCCUCGCCAUUUCUAAGUCUACAAAAAUAUAUUUUGAAAUUUAUUUUAGAAUAUUUUUUAAAUGAAUAAAGUUUUAUGACUUUUAUAUGUGAAA